AUGGCCUUCAAAUUACUUUCCGACUUACCAGCCGAGCUUCUUAUCCGUGUAAGCGAAUUCCUAGACGCAAAAGACUGCGCUUCCCUUAGCGCCGCCAACUCCAGUUUUCGACGAUUCCUGGCAUCGACGGUCUACAGAGGCCUUCGUGCAACUAGUCUACCAGAGCAUGCCGAGAUCCUCGAACAGAUCGUUACGAAACACGCCCGCCACAUUCACACGUUGCACUUCGAACUCUAUCUGAAUGAAUCGGAAGAGUCAGGGGACAACACCUACACGGUAUCCAGCACAGCCCCGAUCGUAUGGGACUUGCUUAGCCGUCGAGCGCUUCCAAAUGUUUCGACCUUGACGAUCACGUUCUUUCCACAGCCAGAUAACUACGACGGGGGCGGCUGGUGCGACGAAGGGCUCGGAGGCGGUAUCUACAUCAACGACAGCGAGGAGAGCAUCGACGAAGUGCCAGAAGCAGAGGCUAAUUUCCCAUGGCGAGCUUUGUACAGCAAGGCUUUGGAGUCCAUCGCAAAUGGUCCCAAGACGCUUCAUCGAUUGGAGGUGCUCAAUCUCCCGCCCAAGACGACGUCUGCACAACAGACGCCGGAGUGGCAGGCGAUGUUGGGAGGACUGGAGGAGUUUGAACUCAGUCUGUGGGGAGGAGAUAACGGUGUAGGUUGGCAUUCAAAUACUUUGCCAGGGUAUCUGGAUUCGAUUGAGAAUCUGAGGGAUUCAUUCUUUCGACAUCUAAUGAAAGCGACAACGGUGAAGCUGGUCGCUCAUCCUGAUAAUCCUAUCGGCUGCGAAGGCAUGCGUCAAGUCUUCAUCCCCAUCCAACCGAAAGACCUCCCCAACGUCCAACAUCUCACCCUGCAUGACUGCUUCGUCGACCACGCCCUAACCGCCAACCUCGCAAAGAAGCCUGGCCAACUCAAAUCCUUCCACCUCAACAACUGCUACUCGGCCGGCAACGACGAGAACUUCGGCACAGCCCACACCGUCCUCACCUGGUCCGAAUUCUUCUCCACCCUCCGCCAAACCCAACCCAACCUCUCAGACUUCAUCCUCAAAGACAAACGCACCCCACCUCUGACUCACGACGAGCAGUUCUAUCGUGCGGGCGAGGAAGGCCCGGUCGUGCCUUACGAGCCGCCUGACCAAGAGCCGGAGAAUGUCAAGGCGGUGAGGAAGGGGUUGCAGGAGCAUCCGAGCAGGAGGCUGUUUACGUAUACGACGUUGGAUGAUAAGUAUGGGAUGGUGUUUGCUUAUGAGGAGGUGAAUAUUGAGGCUUUUAUGCUCGGGGAGGAUCAGAAGGAGUUUGAUCUUUUGGUGGAGAUGGUGGAGGGAAACCGGAGAGAGGGCAGGGAUGCGUAA